AUGUCUGACACGGCUGAGAGCUCCUGGUGCGACUCCGGCAGCGACUGGAGUGCGACAAGCACUGCUUUCGACUUGCACGGCCUAAUUAACGCGGAAUUCCUCCGAUUUAUAGCCACAAGCCGCGGUCGCCGCAAACGGCCCACGCAACGACUUGAUGAGGCUUCUUCAAAGCAUUGCAAGAGGCCUGGGCUUCGUCAGCGACUGGAGGAGUUGCUUCAAAUGGAGGCCAGGGGGACGGGAGUACCGACUGCCCUCCUGGAUGGUCUUGUGUCGGCAAUUCGACAGCAAACUGAUCACGUGCACGCAGCGGCCCUCGUUGUGCAUCAUCUCUCUGACCCCGAGAAUAGUGCUCUCCGCCAAGCCGUAUUGGAUGGCAGCCUCCCUCCCACAGUGCUCGCGUCAAUGCGGGAGACUGAACUUGUGAACCCCAACCUGAGAGGGAAAUGGGAGAAGCAGCGAUUAACGGCGUUGCAACAAAAGACAGUUCUGUUUGUCGAGCAGCUCACCUCAGUGGUGACGUCCAUCUACACGUGUCCCGCCUGCGGUGGCCAAGAGUGCAUUCUGCGACAGCGCCAAGCAGACAAGCAGAAGUGGGCUGGUGACGAUGCGACGCCCAAUCUCUUGACCUGCUGUGCCUGUUCUCAUGCCUUUUGGCGGUAG